AAAAAUUAAAUACGUCAAUUAUUUCUGGUGAUAACAAUGAGAGUUUCAAGAAUUAUAUGGCAAAGAUUCAAAGAUAGCUCGAUUCGAGCUCGGGACUUAUUUCGCGACGUUGCACACAAGGAAUUGCAGACUCCUUUAAUAAAACUCCGUCACGAACAAAGAAUACCCGGUUCUACAACCAAAAAUUUUCCUGAACAUAUUUCAACAAAACCAAAUCGAAGGUUUAAAGCCAUCCAGCUAGUUUCCAACGAAGAAGAAACAAAAAAUAUUGCGAAAUGUUUGAGAAGUUAUUUAGACGAGUUGAUAGUCGACUUUCCUGGAAUUUUAAUCAAGGGAUUACCCAUAAGUUCAAUUGCUGAUUUUAAUUUUUUUGCUAAAGAACUAGCGUUCAAAUGUCUGGACGUUUCAUCCGGAAGAGGGUACCGGUCACAUCUUGUCGAUAAUAUUUACGUGGCAAGUGACGAACCAAAAGAGAUUAUAAUAGAACCUCAUAACGAAAUGGCUUAUUCUGCAGUAUCGCCAGGAAAGAUCAUGUUUUGUUGUGUAAAGCCAGCAGAUGAAGGUGGAGCAAAUCCCUUGGUGUUUAAUCAUGACAUCAUGAGAGAUUUAGAUGAAAACGUCACAGAUAAAAUAAUCAACAAAAAAGUCAGGUAUUAUGCAAACCUACGACUUGCAAAUGAUGGAGAAGCAACAACAAAGAAAACUAUGGAUUUUACCUGGCAAGGAACUCUUCGAGUUAACACAGAACAGGAAGCCGAACAAGUAAUGGCAUCGCAACAUUUAAAUUGGAAAUGGCGAUCAAAUGGAGAUCUUGCUAUCUGCACAACCCUUGAUGCAUUGAGAGCACAUCCAGUGAGUGGAGAGCUAAUUUGGUUUAACCAAGUGACGAACAACCACGCUUCAUAUUAUCAAGCCUACCCAAAGUACUCAUCACCGGAGUAUCUUGAUCCAUGGAAGGUACCUUACCACUGCACUUACGGUGAUGGUGAAGAAUUUGAAGAGUACGUUCUUGAUCACGUUAGAACAACUAUAUGGAGCAAUGCGAUGAGCCUGAAGUUAGAAGCCGGCGAUAUAUUACUAAUGGAUAAUUUUUUGUGCCAGCACUCCAGAACGAGGUUCAAUGGAGACCGAAUUUAUGCAGUACAACUUAUAGAAUAAGAUAUUCUAUCUUAUAUUUUGUGGAGAUGUUUAAGCAGUGUUUUUUUUUCUUCAGCUAUUUUUUUUGUUCUGACAUUUAGGUAAAGAAGACUUAUUCGAAAAUGAUAAUACUUUUCACAGUAUUUAGACUCAUACAAAACCGUUUUGAAGAAAAGUGAACCAAAAAUAAUUUUUUUUUAAAAAAACACAUUUUUUUUUCGCAAUUCUCUAAGAUGACUUGAAUUUAAGCGCCAACAGCGCCUUAUAUAAUUAAACAACAUUGUUGAAAAAACGGCAUGUGAUUUACCGCACAUACUAACAUGAAGUCGUACAGCUUUGGUUAUAGAGAUAGUGUGCCUAAUGUGUUUUUUUAACAUUCUCAGAUUCAUCAUUUCAGUGUUAAUGAAGUACUUUCAUUGUUCAUGUUGUGCUAUUAUCUACUCCUUCAUUGGAUACUUUUAUUUUACUUAAUUUUUACCAUUCUUUAUUACAUUAUUGAUGUUACUUAUUUUUUAACACACUUUUAAACAUAAGAUUUUUUUUGUCAUAUAAAAAUUAUUUCAAUUUUUUAUUUUUAUAUUUCAAAUAUUUUCUUAAUAUUUCACGUCGCAUUUUAUUUACUUUUUACACGAAGAGCUGUAUAGUUUUAAUGGAUGAAUAAAUUCGUUAAUAAUAAUAACAAUAAUAAUAAUUAAUAGUAGUAAUCAUUGACGUAGUUAAACAGGAAUGUAUGUAUUUUUUCAUCUUGCUUUUACCGUACAUGAGACGAAAAGGGUUUUAGGAUUUCAAUUCCUUUCAGUAAAAAUGCUACGAGAGAGUAAAACAAAGAAGGAGAAAAUAAAUCAGAACCCAAAUUGUACAUAGCAAAGAAAUAAAACACGAGAAAGAUUUGGUUAUUGUUAAUUUUUUCUAUGAAUGAAAGCUUGUGUCCAUCCAAGAGAUUGUAAAACUACUGGAACUUUUUCAGUUAUUUUCUUCGAACCUUCUUUAGCA